AAAAUUUUUGUCCCCUGGCUUCAGAUUUGGUGGAAAUGAGUGUACUCUCAAAUCUGUGUGAGAGCAGUUUUUGAGAUAAAAGGUGAAGUAUUUUACUUUGCUCAGCCGUGUAGGAACAUCUGAUGCAAAAAAAAGGAAAAAGUUUUAAUUUUUUAUUUAUUUGUGUCUCUACUUUUGUUUUUUCUGUAGAAUGUGUGAAUUUAUAGGGGUGGUUCUUCAUAAGGCUCAGGCUGAUGUGAGAACAAAGGGCAGCACUGGCUCCAGUCUGGCAGCUUGACUCCAGUCUUGGGGCCUGGCUCUGCCUUGCCAGCCUUGGGGGGUGGGUGAUAGGGAAGAGAUGCACUAUUGGAAAAACGGAUAAUGGACAUUUGAAAGUCAGGAAGCUGAGUUGUGGUUCUGGAGAACUCCUAAAAUCCUCUUUUCUUGUGGAAUUGUAACAGUUGUCCCAGGGUUAGUUGAGCUCCCUGGUCUGUAUUUGGAAGUGACGUGUAAUGGGAUUAGAGUCUCUGCUGCCCCUGCCAGGCUCUUCAGCACCCUCUGGGGCCAGUGAGUGCUGUUCCACCUGUUCCCUUCCCCGAGUGAUUUAAGUCCAUUGUUUGAACCUGUGAGUGUCUGGUUUGUGGAGUUUCACUUUGUGUGGAGUACAAAACCACUCGUGGCUCUGUUUUGCUGCCUGCCAGCCUAAUUUGAGACUGCCCUGUUCUACUUUGUGCAAGCAGGGGCUGAGGGCUUGGGAUGCUUCCGUGCCAUUGUUGUGGAGGCUGAAGAAAGCUUACUUGGUUGAAUCAUGGAUCACAUGUAGCUCCAGUCAUUUGAAACAGACUAUGUCUGAAUAUUGUGGGAAGUUUGUUUCCCUAACUCAGCAACUCUAUAGCAGAUGCUUUGGAAAACACGGAUAAUUGAUGAUGAAGUAGAGAUGCAGCAAGAUGAAGAAAACCUGCCCUAUGAAGAAGAGAUUUACAAAGAUUCCAGUACCUUUCUUAAGGGCACUCAGAGCUUAAAUCCACACAACGAUUACUGCCAGCACUUCGUGGAUACAGGACACAGACCCCAGAACUUCAUCAGAGAUGUUGGCUUAGCAGAUAGGUUUGAAGAAUAUCCAAAACUUAGAGAGCUCAUCAGAUUGAAGGAUGAGCUGAUAUCUAAAUCUAACACUCCUCCCAUGUAUUUGCAAGCAGACUUGGAAGCCUUUGAUAUUAGGGAACUGAAGUCCAAAUUUGAUGUGAUUCUCCUGGAGCCACCUUUGGAAGAGUAUUACCGAGAGACUGGCAUUACUGCCAAUGAAAAAUGCUGGACCUGGGAUGAUAUCAUGAAAUUAGAAAUUGAAGAAAUCGCAGCCCCAAGGUCAUUUGUAUUUCUGUGGUGUGGCUCAGGCGAGGGUCUGGAUCUCGGCCGAGUGUGUCUGCGCAAAUGGGGUUACAGAAGAUGUGAGGACAUUUGCUGGAUUAAAACAAAUAAGAACAACCCUGGCAAGACCAAGACCCUAGACCCUAAAGCUGUCUUCCAAAGAACCAAGGAGCACUGCCUCAUGGGCAUCAAGGGCACCGUGCGCCGCAGCACCGACGGGGACUUCAUCCACGCCAACGUCGACAUCGACCUCAUCAUCACCGAGGAGCCUGAAAUCGGCAACAUAGAGAAACCCGUGGAGAUUUUCCACAUCAUUGAGCAUUUCUGCCUUGGGCGACGGCGGCUCCACCUCUUUGGGAGGGACAGCACAAUUCGACCAGGUUGGCUGACGGUGGGACCCACCCUCACGAACAGCAACUUCAACGCGGAAACAUACUCCUCCUACUUCAUGGCUCCCAAUUCCCACCUGACCGGCUGCACCGAGGAGAUCGAGAGGCUGCGGCCCAAGUCCCCGCCACCCAAGUCCAAGUCGGACCGGGGCGGGGGUGCUCCCAGGGGAGGAGGAAGAGGAGGGACUUCUGCGGGCCGGGGAGAGAGGGGCAGGGAGAGGAACAGAACCAACUUCCGUGGUGAGCGGGGCGGCUUCAGAGGGGGCCGUGGAGGGACCCAUCGAGGGGGCUUCCCCACCCGCUGAGGAGGUGACGUUGCUUCCCGGGUCUAUGCCUUGUCCGGGAAUCUUUUCUGUAGUCUGGUUUUUCCAAAAGUGAAUUCCUCUGGGGACUCAAGCUAGAUGACUUUUACAAUUAUUUUUGGUGCACGCCGUUUCAGACAGUUGGCCUUGCGCUCUGGCACAGCACUGAACUCCAAGCAGAGAGCACCAGCCCUUCACACCACGGGUAGGACGGAAAUGAUCCCCUUGCUCUCCCCUUAGGAACCUUGCAAGCUGGAGACUUCUUUUUCAACUUUGUUUUCUCCAAAACAUGGAUUCCUCCUCCAUCUCCAGAGGUUCAGGUUUGGCGUGACUUGCAUUAAUAUGCUGGAACGGGCAGGAAAUGCAGUUGUGAAUUGCAUGGCCACAGCAGACUUGCUGUCUGAAAAAGUGCUGUGUCUGUAUUGACACCUACUUUAACUUCUUUGAAACCAAGGAGCAAAUGAAAUAAAUAGAAUUCUAUUUUUUCUUA